UUUUGGGAAGGUUCUUUUAACACUUUCUACACACCACCCGGUUACCAAAUGCACUUGACCGGUUACAAACGUCCAUAGAUUUGCUUUCCUUAGUUUGAAGACGGAAAAAUUCACUUUAUAAAUGGCUUACAAGUUCAGACCGAUGGGUGGUCGAGUUGGACCUGCAACUCCAGAAAUGGCAUACUCUCCAGCAGGAUUGCAGCCACCAGUGAAAGUUGAGCCCAGUCAGCUUGUCUGGGAGCAAAAGCCUAAGCCGGUUGCCAUUUACAGAAGUCCGAUGGGAGGAGACGGUGUCUUUGGCAAACUUAACAAAGUUUAUCAGAACCAAAAAGUAUUUCAGAGUCCCAACGGGAUACCAAUCCAUCUGAAGAAAGGUUUCACGGAUAGAUUCAGUUUCGGCCUCAUCAUGGCUUUGACCGUCGGUGGGACCAUCUGGACGUGUGUAUCUCUCUACCAAUACUCGCAACCCAAAAAGUGACCCCCCUAUGAACAGCCACCUCUAGGAAUCUAUUAUAUAAAUACGCCUGUGCAUUUUUAACCUGAUGUGAUUUGUGAAUAUAGAAACAUGAAUGAAUGAAAUCUUAGGGAUUUUGUUGAGUUAUUAUUAGGAGCAACCACAAUGCAUGUGAAAUGGAAACAGCGGAGAGUUCAGCACUGGGAGAGUUGAUGUGACAAGAACAGUAUUACAUUUAAACCAUUAUUCACCAGGUCCACCCAAAGGCAUAGUGAGUGUGUUCGUUUAGCUUCCCUGGGCCGACCCCGGUCUGCCCCUGGUGUGUUCGAAUAGCUUUGACGUCAUUCCAGUGGCUCACCGGGGUCAGCCCUCAGUGCCCUGUUUGUGGAGUGGGUCACUUGGGGGUGACCCGAGGUGCAUGCCGUUACCACGAGAGGGCGAGUGUGAUCGUUGGAUUAGCUAUUGUAAGGGACUCACCUGCACCUGGGUGAGCAUCGCAGGGUCGACCCAGGGAAGCUAAUCGAAUGCAACCAAUGUUAGCCAGAGGGGUGUUUGGGUGUGUGCAAGAAACUUAGAAAGGCAAACAUUUUUGUCUGCUUGUUCGAGCUACAUUAGCAAAUUACAAUUAAACAGUUUCUUAGGUUUGCAAUGACAAGAUACACGUACAUUAUAAAAAAAUAUUUAUUCACAUAGCAAUAAAGAUUUCAGAAAGUAUUAGGCCUCUAUAUGUCAUUCAAACAAUCCUCAGAAAUACUGCUACAAUGAACUAGCAAUUGUAGAGGUCAGUUAAACCAAAGGUUACAAUCGUGUACACACUGAGUAUUGAGUACUUGUGAAUCACAAGUUGUGAGUGGGAUAUCAAGUGAGGGCACUAUUUGCAGUUUGAACAUCAAUUAAAGCCUAUGGAACCUUUCGGUACAGAAAAAAAAAAAAAAAGUUCACAGAUUUACAAAUAAUUUACAGGGUU